AUGGCUGGGAAGUACCAGCAGGAGAGUAAAACCAACACAAUAUGCAAGAAGUGUGCUCAGAACGUGCAGUUGUAUGGAACACCCAAACCUUGUCAGUAUUGCAACAUAAUUGCUGCAUUCAUUGGCAAUAAAUGUCAACGCUGUACAAAUUCAGAGAAAAAGUACGGACCACCCUAUUCCUGUGAACAGUGCAAGCAGCAGUGUGCAUUCGACAGGAAGGAUGAUAGAAAGAAGGUCGAUGGGAAAUUGCUGUGUUGGCUCUGCACGCUUUCUUACAAACGGGUUCUUCAGAAGACCAAAGAGCAGAGGAAGCACCUGAGCAGCUCUUCCCGUGCUGGCCACCAGGAGAAGGAGCAGUAUAGCCGACUGAGUGGUGGUGGCCUUUACAACAGCCAGAAAACACUUUCUACAUCAUCAAUCCAAAAUGAAAUCCCAAAGAAGAAGUCCAAGUUUGAGUCAGUCACAACCAAUGGAGACAGCUUCUCCCCAGACCUGGCUCUGGAUUCGCCAGGCACGGACCAUUUUGUCGUCAUUGCCCAGCUGAAGGAAGAAGUGGCCACGCUGAAGAAGAUGCUGCAUCAAAAGGAUCAAAUGAUUUUAGAGAAAGAGAAGAAGAUUACCGAGUUGAAGGCUGACUUCCAGUACCAGGAGUCUCAGAUGAGAGCCAAAAUGAACCAGAUGGAGAAGACCCACAAAGAAGUUACAGAGCAACUGCAGGCCAAAAACCGAGAACUUCUGAAGCAGGCCGCUACCUUGUCCAAGAGCAAGAAGUCUGAGAAAUUGGGAGCUAUAACUUCUCCGUGAGAGACCACCAGGUGGCUCUCCAGCAGCAGCAGCAGCAGCAGCAGACGGUGUGCUGGGCUCCCGGUGGACGAGCCCACUGGUCUCUGGGAAUUGCAAGCUUUCUUAUGAAAUCUCUAUUUUUUUACUUUGUCUUUGUGCGAUUGCAGCGGAAGGGCUGAGUGGAGACACCUGGUUUGUGCUGUGUGUGGACUGCAUGAUCAAGUGUGGGGGAUGUAAAGCUCUCCUUUCUCUCUUCCCCUCUCUUGGGUACUGCUCUUUGUUUCUUUGUUUUGUUUUUGUGGUGAUCACUGCUCAGUGUUAUGUGCAGAACAACUUCCCCCAUCAUUGUAUCCUGCCAUACCCGUGAGCAAAUACUUUGGCAUUAAUUACAUAUCACUGCCACCCUCUGAACUUCUGAAACUGCCAAUUGAAGACUUGGUAAAGUGGAAGAGGCCUGGCCUCUCCAGUAGACCUUUUGCUUCAGGGUAUACUCUUGGUUUUCUACCCCAGGUAUAUUAUGUAUGAACUUUGUACUAUGUAUAGCAGAGUUUUAUUUAUUUUUUAAAAAGAAAACCUUUUCUUGAUAAGGAAUAAUGGUAGUCUAGCUAAUUCUUCUGUAAAAGCGAUGCCUCUUGAAGAAACCGUCCUGCUCGCCAGCUCGUCAUGAGAAUCAGACCUUUUCUUUCUUGUUUCCUUGGAGUCUUAAAAACGGAUUGCUAAGGUGGAACAAUUCCGUGCUUAUGUCUGAAGUUAAGUGCCUUGGGAGGCUCUCUUGGAAGAGCAUUGAAGGAGGUAUUUCAGGGAGGUAGCACUGAUUUGAACAGUCUGUCUUUGGAAGUGAGGGCAGAAAGGAAGGCUGUCCAGGUUGUACUGGACACUCCCCAACCCCUUUCCUGAUUAUUUUAUGCGAUUGAUGUUAAAUUCUCACACUGCCACUUUCCUUAGAACAAAAGACUAGCUGAUAGUGCUUACGUUACUGGACAAUUGACUGAGAACUUUUUUUAAAUCUGAGCAGACUAUUUUAACUGUAGAGCAUGUUGGGGUCAAGAUGAGCUGCUCAGUGUGGACUCUUGAGUAAAUCUGAUGCAGAAAACUGCCAACACUUUAUCUUCUCCCCGUGCCCAUCCCCCCCAAACCGCACACUUCCUGCUUUUCAUGGAAAGUACUGACACCAGAGGCUUCUCAGGAACAGGCUGGCUUCGGCCAGGAGGAUGUGUGCCCGACUCUCCUUCUUGCCUGUUGUCAACAAGGCCCGUGAAUUUGCUUGUCCAGAAGAGAGGGUAGGUUUGCAUUUCUAGGCAAACCCUCGGGUCCUCAAUGUGAGGUUGGUGAAAGAAUUGGCCCAACAAACCACAAAAUCAACUGCCUUGGAAUCAUUAACUGGCGUGGUGGUGGUGGAGGUGGUACUCGAGCUAAAAGUAAUCAUGGAGGCAGAUAACUUGUACCUCAGCCUACCAAAUUGGAGCAGUUUAACUUGCUCAGCAUUUCCUAGAACCAGCCUUUCUGAUACCAUCUUAACAAGUUGGAAACCGUGGGCAGCGAUGUGGAAAUGGAUGGCUUCCUUUUGAUAGGAGGAACAAUGGACCACGUUGCUUUUCUGUCACCCUGGUAAGGAAGGUAAAGUUACCCCCAAGCUAGGGAAACUGAGUGCGAAAUCAUUUUGUAACCUUUUGAAUGAGAAACUUUUAAGUAACGAUCAAUGUCAGAUAAUAUUUUCCAGAUGUGCUUUUGAGUCUGGGGAAAAGAUUGUGAAAAAUCAUAGUCAUGUCUUUUGUUUUUUAAUUUGAAAGCCUGAGAAAUUCUGUUACAUGAAAUAAGACAAUAUAAACAUACUUAGUUUUCUAAUUUGUGUUUUUUACCAUUCGGUCAUUCAAUAUAAAGAAAACUCACACAUUUUCUAACUUUCCAUAAGUUCCAAAAAGGGAAAGAAGAGCCCUUAGUCGUGAAAUUUUGGGUUCUAAAAAUUAUGACACUGUUUUAUCAUGAAACCGAGUGUAACUUUUGGUAACACCUUUUGUUUCUUUGUAUGUUUGUAAUGACAUUUUAAAAUGCAGAAAUGUUUUGCUUUGUACAGACUUUGACAAAUAAAUGUGUGUUAAUAAAAAUUCUUAUUGGCUCAAA